GGCAGGAAUUAAGUAUAAACUAUAAUCUUCCACGUUAUAGUCGAUUUAUGAUAAAAAAUUAAUUCCAAAGACGAAGAAACAAAUUUUUUCCGCCGGCACCACCUCCGAUAAAAACUGUUUUACUCAAUUCUUUUGAGAAAACGAAAAAAUACAGUUUUUAUCAUAACUUUCCUAUAACUGUCGUGCCAAGUUUCAAAGGAGAGACUACUAUAUUGUCUGCGUCGUAAUGUCUGAGGUCGGCACUCUACUAGCGAUAUAUUAGUAUUACAUAUAUGGAUAUAACAUACAGAAGAAAUACAGCAAGUUUUCAUAUUAAUAAGAAUUACUUAGAAACAUUUUUUUACUCGGAAUUUUCAACCGUACACAAGUUAUUUAAGGAAAGGAACAAGGAAUUAGCUGAAAGUGUUUUUCGGCGGAGUAAUUGCGUAAAAAUGAUAUAAAUAUAUUCACUGUAAAUUGGGUCUUCUUGCCGCGCGUACGGCGUGAUCUUCAAAGACCUUCAAAGUAAACAAGCAAGAUAUAUGUAUAACAGAAUAUUACGUAUAUAUAGAAGAACUGAAAUGUGAUAAAGAGAAAAAGUUUCAUCUUUGCUUAGGGAUUUUCCACAUGUCGCUAAUUGAACAAGACACUUAAAUUGGUAAAUCGCUUGACAUAACGCGAUAAAUCAGCUGAUCGUGAAACAAAUUAUAAAAUUAGUCAUUAAUUAAUUAUGCGCUCUGAUAACCAACGGGAAUCUCAUUGCGCGCGCAAUGUAUUAUCGCACGGAUAUUAUCGCUCGAAAGAUACGUCUCGUAAAAAAAAUUAUUAUCUUCAUAAUACUCAUCUUAUUGCAUCGUUAUCUCUCGUGUCUUCAUCGAAAACAUUUGCUGUACAAAAUGCUACUCCUCUCACACAAGCAUAGAAUAUGUAUUUCCUAGUAUUACGUCGUAAACGGUAGUGAUAAAAUUCAACGUGUACACACACGUGCAUAUUUGUCGCAUUAUCAAACUUUCGCGAUAAACUCCGUUUAUCGAUACGAAGUACGGAAUGCGAACAUAUCAUCGAAGAGCUCAUUGUAGGCUUCGUUUAUCAAGAUAACGAGAAAAACUUUAUAUAACGAUCAUGCUCGCAUGAUAACCAUUCGACUCUCGAAACCAGUCUUCGAAAAUUAUCCCGCCGCGCAACAAGCCACGCAAUUGAACUCCGCAAGAUUGAUAUAUACGUACGAUCUCGAUUGUCGCAUACGCAUACAUCGUCGCAUCGUCAUCGCUCGAAAAAAUAUCUCUCUCGAUGCGUAGCUUUAGAUACAUACAUUCAGAGCGACACUUUGUGUCGCUGUAUCUUAUUUGACUUAUUUUAGAAACUUUUUUUUUAUCUCUCUCUUUCCUUUUCUCUCUCUUUGUCUCUUCGGCAAACACAUACAAUUCGUUUCAAGUGUAGAAAGUGCAGGCGAAGUGUCCGAAGCGAACGAAUCUUAUAAACGGUACUUUGUAUUUAUCUCGCGGAUAUAAUUUCCACACUCGGUACUUAAUAUGCGGCCUAUCGGACGGCCGAGAAUCAUGUGCGAUCGAGAAACUGUUGUCGAAAGGCGGUAGUUCGCGCUGAACGUGGAAACGGUUUGAACAUCACGCGUAUCGAACGGACGAAGACUUCGCUGCCUAGUUCAGGUAUGAUCGAACCUGUAGACACAACGUGAUUACGAUAAUCGCGAUAGUGGAUAAUUGCGAGAGGCUCGCCGAAGUUGCGAUUGUUGAAACGCAUCUCAUUUGUUGUGACAAGCGCACAGCUGAUCGCAACCAGCGCGCGGCGCCAUUUUGGAAUCGAUCAAAGUUCAUUUCGAACGAGAUAUUUCGAUAUGUUCUGAAUAUCGAGUAUUAUAUCACAGAGUCGGAUCUUACAUCACGACGCCAAUCUAACAAUGUAUCUAACUUUCGACAUCUCUACACGAUAAAACGUAGAGAGAGAAACAUUUGUUUGACACAUUAGCUUGGUAUCUUCAUCCGAGUAUAAAUCAUGAAAAUCAAUUACAAGCAGCUGCCUGUAAAGGCGCAUUACUUCUUCUUUAUGGCAGGUAAAUUAUAUCCUAUGGGUCCUAUUUUGCCAUUUCUGCCGGUUUACGGCAAACAGCUGGGUGUUUCGCCACUGAUUAUGGGCAGCAUCACCGCGAUUCUGCCUAUUUUAUUUUUGAUCGCAAAACCAGCAUUUGGCUUUGUUGUGGAUUACUUUCGCGCGUGGCGAAAAUUGAUCUUCAUGGCAUUGCUCGCCGUAACGAGCAGUUGCUACGUCUUCAUGUACUUUUUACCGGAAUUACCUGGCCCGUUACUGCCGGAUCAUAAUUUUCAAAAUGUUACCUUCGCGUCUUUGUUGUCUUGCAAUACGGACUAUCAUACUUCAGCAAUGACAUCGUGCAGCGGAAUGAAAAACACCACGUGUCACUGGAUAUGCGAAAAUGCGAAUUUUUCCACGCGGAUGUCUUUUUAUACAGCUAAAGGAGAAGCGAGCAUCUCGCCCGAUACCAUAUGUUUCUUAAAUAUCAACGAAACGUUAGUGCAUCGAGAAAACGUGUCGAAUAACACCAAUUGCAACGUUACUUGUGACAAUUUUGACGACAACCAUUGUCUGUACACGUCUGUUACUUUCUGGGGUUUCGUUCUUCUGAUGUCUCUCGGUAAUAUCGGUUUCAAUGUUUCCAAUUGCAUAAGUGACGCAAUUUGCUUCGACGUCUUGGGCGAAAGCGGACAAAUGAGCUACGGCAGGCAGCGAGUGUGGGGCACAAUCGGUUUUGGUAUUACGGCGUUUUUAGCCGGUUAUACGGUAGAUUUGUGGUCGCAAGGGGCGAUCUACAAGAGUUACACACCGGCGUUUCUUCUUGUGCUCGUAUUUACUUGUUUCGAUUUGGUUUGCUGUAGAAAACUCGAGCUGCCGCUAAUGUCGCGAUCGACAAGCAUAGUGGAAAAUGUAUGGGCGCUUUUGAAAUUAAAGCCUAUCGUCAUAUUUCUAUGUUUCGCCACUCUCGCCGGCAUCUUUGAUAGUUUCAUAAUUUACUUUUUGUUUUGGUAUCUGGAAGAUCUCGCUAUGGCGACCGGUUAUAUAGGAGAGAUUAAAUUAAUAGAAGGUCUAAUAGUGGCCGCAGAGACUCUUGGUGGCGAAAUCAUAUUCUUCUCUUUAUCCGGCAAAAUAUUGAAAAAAUUUGGAUACGGUUAUACUUUCACAUUCUGUUUCGCGUGCUACGCGCUGCGGCUGGGAUUAAUAUCUUUGGCGCCGACGCCAUGGUGGGUGCUUCCGAUAGAAUUUUUUAUGCAAGGUCCGACAUAUGCGCUCUGCUACACGACAAUAGUGGCAUACGCGAGCGCCGUAUCACCACCCGGUACAUCGGCCACUGUUCAAGGAAUUGUGGCAGGAAUGGACGACGGUUUCGGGUUCGCGGUUGGCAGUCUAAUAGGUGGUCUUUUGUACAAGAAAGUUGGUGGCGCCAUAACUCUGAGAAUAUUUUCAAUACUUGCAACAUUUUCCGCCUUGAUGUACCUUAUUCUUCAUAUCUCAUACUUAAAAUAUAAAACACCAGAUACGCGAAAUAACGUCGAGUGGAGAAAGCCUGAAGAUGCGCAAAAACAGUGUGUUGUAGCAGAAACGUGACGCAUGUGUGUUUUUCUGUACUUUUUUUAAUAAUUACCAUAUAAUAAAAGAUAGUCUUUAUAUAUCUUAAAAACAUUAUGCGAUGCAAAACUAAAAAGUGUAGAUAGCACGUUCGAUCCAAAUUUAUCGAUUCAACUCUCGACCAAUUUGAGAUCGAGAUACUUCGAGA